AUGAACGGACCAUCGAAUUUCAAGAGUAUUGCACCGGCCCCUCUUACAAUAAGUUCGAUCGAAGGGAGUAUCAUCGGCGAGUCGUCUCGGUUUGAGCCUCAACCUCAAUGCAUCAAGGACGACAAGGACGACAAGCGGCGCAAGAUUGCCGUCAACCGCAAAAUAGAGCUGUUGGAAGGUGAGCAGCAGCUGCUCGACGACCUCCUCUCGACAAUCCGGGCAGCAAAUCCGCAGCAGCUGAAUGGAGUCAUCAAUCUCAUCCGAAGUCAUGUCACCAAAGACGAGCUUAGAAUGCAUCUCGCGGAUUUUUUUGCGGCCGCCUCGGGAAGUUCAAUGUCCCCGGACGGUAACUCACCGGUCGUGACGCAUCGACGUCGCCGUAUGCAAGGUCGUAUACAAGAUCUCGUCAAUCCCAUCAUCACUGUGCCCGCGAGCCCAUGGACGACCGUCACGGACGACAAUGAUCUCGUGUCGCACCUCAUCUCACUGUGGUUUACCUGGGCCCACCAAUGGUGGCAAUGGGUGGAACGGACUUCGUUUCUCGAGGCCAUGCGGUCAGGAAACACCAAUAGCCUGAUCUGCACGCCUUAUCUUGUAAACAUGAUCUUAGCAGACGCUUGUCUGCUCGACACUCUGACAGGAGAUGAUGAUGGACCGAAUGUCUGGCUCGGAGAACAGUUCUACAACGAAGCCAAAAGGAGUCUCGAGGCAGAACAAGGACAAGUUUCGUUUACCUUGGUCGCUACCCUUGGCGUACAAUGGACAUAUCUCAAUGCCAAUGGCCAAGACAAAUUGGGAAAUCCAAUCCUAUAUCAACAGAUGUAUCUCGCCAAAAGCCUUGACAAAUGGCAGUCACGUGUCGAACAGAGCUUUAACCUCACGGAUCAAGAGUCGAAGGCCAUUGACAUAAACAUAACCUAUCUUUCGUGGACGUUGUUUGCGCUGAGCUCGCUGACACUGAUCAACCUGGAAAAAGAACAGCCGCUGACGCCACCGAAGCGGGAUAAGCCCCUUGCGGGACACGAAGCGUUCGGUGAAAUGCAAACAUGGCAGCCUUACCCUCAACCAAGUCAUCCGUACCCUUUCCACGCGGGGUGUCACUUCCAUGCAUUCUUAUCGUUGUCUGAGAAAGUGAUGCGUGAUGAGGAACUGUUCAAGUCGAAAGAUCGAUCGCAGGAAGUCAUGGAGCGUUUUUCAAAGAUUUAUCACGAGAUGGAGACCUGGCCACAGGAUCUACCCGACUGCAUGAAGCUGGGUCCGAGGUCAACACCCCAUAUGCUAGCAUUGCAUGCUCUCCACAAAUGGAUGAUGUUGAUACUCUUGAAACAAAUAGCGGCGUUUGAUGCAGGAGAGCCUGACAGACCGCUUGUCGCCAAAACACCACAAUCAUCCGAACAGAAGCACUGGAAAGAAGUGUGUAUUGGGCUUUCAAUCGACAUCGGCAAAAUCCUAGAAUGGCACCGCAGAGACUGGGGCAACGAUCGAUUUCCUGUCAUCGUCAUGAGGCCGGUUAGCCUAGCGCCAUUUGCACUGUUCGAAGGCCUGUCUGAGCGGCCAGAGGCGCAAAGCGCUAUGGUCGAGUUGUGCAUGUGCAUUACGGCGGCAUCCCGUCGUUUUCGCGUCGGCAAAGGUAUUCUCAAAGUUAUCGGUACCAUUGCGCGCCGGGACAACGUCGAGUUACCAAUACCAUGCUAUCAGAUGAUUGAUGCCGCCAUGCGCUCGUUGGAUGACAGCAGAUUUACCAACGCUGGUCAAUUAAUGUCGACAGGAGUAGACUAUUUGUUGGAGAAGUGGGAUGAUUUGGACCUCGAGUGA